AUGAUUGGCAGCGGCGACCGAGUCAGGGUUUCACUUUGCGACGGUUUUGACGAGCGCCAGCAGUUCAGGAUCACUGGCCAGCAGCCACCAGAGGACCUGUUCGUGAUGCUCCGGCUACAGGGUGCGUGUGUGGAUGCGUCUGACUGGGAUGUGACUCUGGUGCUCGCAGACUGCGAUCCAAGCAAAGCUUCCCAGACCUGGGCCGUGACCGAAGGCACAGGCAUUGCCUGUACAAGUUCCGGGUGUGGUGACGGGGGCUCUGCAACUGCCGCACAGCUGGACAGCCCACAAGGUGUGGCCGUGGACAUGGAGGGCAACGCUUUCAUUGCUGACACCGGGGAGCGCAGAGUGCGGAUGCUUACGCCGCCGCGCACGAUCAGUGCCUUCGCUGGCACAGGUGCCGUGCCCACGACAUCGAGGGCAUGGUCCAGCCUGCCGCUCCCAGCUGAAACAGUACCGUUGGAGCCGGUGGCUCUGGCCGUUGAUCAAAGCGGUCGGGUCUUCAUCGCAGAAGCACGGUUUACAGGUGCUGGCGUUGCCAUCCCAUCCGUGGUCUGGGUUGUGCCCACGCAAAAUUCCACAGACGUGUACCCCUACUCUGCAGCCGGCAUGCUGUCCCUCGUCGCAGGGCAGGACUCGGUCCCUGGAUACGCCGGGGAUGGUGGUGCUGCGAGCAGCGCCUUGCUCAAUGGGCCGGUAGCAUGA